AUGGAUAAAGCAGCGAAACUCAUAAAGCCGUACUUGAAAAGGUUCAUUUUACAAAUUCAUCCAGAUUACUUCCAGCUUGAGCCCAUAAAAAAACAAACCAAUGCUACUUCCUUACAAAAACUGAACGACAUUUUUUCCGAUUCGAAAGCAAUCAGGUCACCUCUAUCCGAUAAAACCGUUCGACAACCACUACAGUUAGAGUUCUAUUUGAAGAAGCAAAGACAAACAAACGCAGAUAAUAAAGUUAUAAUCGCCUUUGGUGCUCAAGAUUCAGAAUGGUCAAAAAUACAUACGUUUUUCCAACUAUGCCAAAAAGCAGGUCUACCUGUUUUAGAUGCAGAUAUGGAGACUGUCCAAGCUAUGCUACAAAAGAUGGAGGAGGCAAAUAAAAGUCAUCAUAAAAAGAUGACAUUAACUGAAGAGUUUGCAAAAAAUCUUUACAAGCAAUAUAGUUACAAAUCUACAACUUUAACUACAACAAUAACAAAGGAAGGCCAACAGGAACAGCAGCAACAGUGGCAAAUGAAAGAUAUUUUAGAUAAUGAGUUAAUCAUGUUUGGACCACUAGUUAAUAAAGAAACAAUGGCGAAAGAACUUUGUUUGCGUCUACCAAAGUUGAUGCCUGAACGAUGGUGGGGUAAACAUGGUCUUUUAGUGGUUUCUCCUACUUUUGAAGUAAAGCCUACAAAGGGAAUUAUUGUUCUUAGAGCAAACAUGAACUUGGAAGAUAUGCAAAAAUGUAUAAAAGAGCAAACCGAAGCUCGAUGA